GAAACAAACGACAAGCCGGACGCUGUGCUGUUUGUUUUGCUUGUGUAGCCGGCCACAUCAUUAUCCGAACUGUCCAAUGUAGAGACAGGUAUAACUCCAGUCCAAAACACACAGAUAUCCGCUAAAGCGUCACAUGAAUUUUGGCUACAACAGCGUUACAAGUUGGAGCAUUUUUAAGUUAGCUAGGGUGGAUCGUCAACCUGAAAAACCUUGAUUUUUAUCAGGAAAUCCAGUUUCCUAAUUUAAUCAGUAAGAAAAGAAAAGAAUUAAUAUUUCCCCAAAAAUAAUUCAUAGAAACUUGGUUACAAUUUUCAUUUUAAAUAAAACAUAUGCGAGAGAUAGCAGAGUACACGAGGAAAUUUAAGUUGAAUGGAAGGUAAGCAGAUCAACGAGAUCAAGGGGGGUUGGUUUUGGUCUUGGUUACUUGUUUUUGUGAUCGGAGCUCUUGUAGUUGCAGCAACUGUACUCACUCUCCUAAGGAACAUCAACCACUUCAAGUUAAACAGGCACCGGGGUCACCCUGAGCAUAUCGUCCCUAAAUAUGCCGACGCUCUUGAAAUCGCUAUGCGAUUCUUCGACGUUCAAAAAUCUGGUAAGCUGGAGGAUAAUAGAAUUUGGUGGCGAGGAGAUUCGGGGCUAACGGAUGGGAGUGAAGCGAACUUGGAUUUAUCAAAGGGAAUGUACGAUGCUGGUGAUCUCAUGAAGUUCGGAUUUCCAAUGGCUUUUACGGCAACAGUGUUGUCUUGGGCGAUUCUUGAAUAUGGAGACCAAAUGAAUGCGGUGAAGCAACUGGGUCACGCUCAAAACUCCCUCAAGUGGAUCACUGAUUACCUUAUCAAUGCCCAUCCAUCCCCAAACGUUCUCUAUAUUCAGGUAGGAGAUCCUAAAUUGGACCACGACUGCUGGCAAAGACCUGAGACCAUGACAGAGAAAAGACCUGCAAUACAGAUCAACGCAUCUUUCCCAGGAACUGAAGUUGCAGCGGAAACGGCAGCGGCUAUGGCAUCAGCAUCUCUUGUUUUCAAGAAAAUCAACUCCUCGUAUUCCGAUCUGCUCCUCACGCAUGCUAAGCUCCUAUUCAGUUUUGCUGAUACUUAUAGAGGUUCUUAUAGUAUCAGCGUUCCCAAAGUGCAGGAAUACUAUAACUCAACUGGUUAUGAAGACGAACUUUUAUGGGCAGCUACCUGGUUAUACCAUGCCACUUGGGAAGAGUCAUAUCUCAGAUAUGUUACUGAACAAAAGGGACCAGAAUUUGGGAAUUGGGAUAAUCCUUCUUGGUUUAGCUGGGACGACAAACAUGCUGGAACUCAGCAGGUUCUGCUUUCAAGGAUAAGUUUCUUCGGUGCAAAAGAGACAUCACUUGCAGAAACCAUUGGACUCCAAAUGUACAGGAAAACUGCAGAGGUCAUUAUGUGUGGGCUUCUACCUGAUUCACCAACUGCCACGCCCAACAGAACCGAUAGUGGCUUGAUUUGGGUGAUACAGUGGAGUUCUCUCCAGCAUCCAGUGGCUUCUGCUUUCCUAGCUGUUCUUUACAGUGACUACAUGGUUAAUUCCAAAACUCCAAUGCUGUAUUGCAAUGGGAAAACCUACAAGCCAGAAGAUCUUCGGGAAUUCGCCGUCUCGCAGGUAGAUUACGUGUUGGGAAAGAAUCCAAUGAAGAUGAGCUAUGUUGUCGGGUAUGGAAGUAAGUACCCACAGUAUGUGCACCAUAGGGGAUCUUCAAUUCCAGUUGAUGCAGAUUCCGGUUGCCAUGAUGGAUUUAAGUGGCUUGAAUCACCCAAUCCCAAUCCAAACAUAGCAGUUGGUGCUCUGGUCGGUGGGCCAUUCCUUAAUGAAACCUAUAAUGAUUUCAGGAACAAUUCAAUGCAAGGUGAACCAAGCACUUAUAACAGUGCCCUCAUUGUUGCCCUCCUCUCAGGCUUGGUUUCCAGCUCUUCAGUGGUUAAGCCUCUCUUAUAGAAGAGCAUCCUUUUUCUUCUUUUUUUUUUCUAGGCUGGUUUUUUUGGGCAUAAUAGCAUCGUUCAAACUUCCUCAUGUUCUAUCUAUGGCCAACCAUGUAUAGUAUCUUACUCUUCUUGUAACAUUUCCCCCGUUUUUAAAGCCAGAUUAUACUAGAAUUAGCAACCAAUUUAGGCCAAAGCAUUGAAACAAAAUAUUAGCAUAAUGUAACUUUUAGGCCAAACCACAAUGGUUUCUAGUGUGUUUGGUAUUUUGAAGGUGCCAGACAUUAUGCUUGGUUUGAUAUUUUUGAAAACAGAUGUAAAUUCUUUCAUAUUUUUCUUGUCGAUGUAAAUAUGAGUUUUGAAUUUUGGUGUUGAUGUCAUGUGCUUUAGCCAGAGA